GUACAGUGUGUACAUGUUCGUUUCGGAUCAGAAUACCUCGAGUUUCAUUUUCGACGGUUGUGUCGAGGCCGUUUCUCUGUCUAAAAUUAUUAUCAAAUUCUUUUCUGGACUAUAAUUAUAGUUGGAUUAAAUGAUACAUUGUCCUUCCGAUCAUGGCGUAUACACAGCAACCAACGACUUAUUUGGAGAAGGAGCUCAUGUUUAAGAAGAAGGCAGAGAAAAUGAAGUGUCUAAUUGGGAUCUGUAAGCUGAGUCGAGUCGCACCCAGCCAGCUCAUAUUGGAGAUAACGGAAGGCGGAAAGGUUCACAAUAACUACAUCGAGUCCGUAACAAUGGGCAAAUAUGACAACAUGUUAUGUGUCAAUAGUCAGAACGGCGUCACAUUCUUGUUAUAUGAAAGCAGGCAAGACCGUGAUGAAUGGUAUGCAACCAUCAGACAACUUCAACAUGGCCACGUGCCUAGUUUCCCCACGAAACGUAAAUCUCUACCAGCUCCUCCUCCUGUGAGUACCAAACCAAAAGGCGGUCAAAGGAAACCAGUGUCAUCUCCAUCUACACUUCAACAGAUCUUCAAAGAAGGACUCGAGAGGGAUUUGAACCGCAUUCUCAAGAGACCACAAUCAAACACAGGUUCAGGCUCGUACGUGAAUAUGGAUUACAACCAAGCAUUACAAGAUUCUAAGGAAUCCUAUAAUACAUUUAAUGUAUUGCAUGGGAUGCAAAAUAUGGACCUUAAUCCAGCGCCAAGUGAAGAUACUACAUACGAUAUACCUGAUGAAGAAAUGUCACCUAAUCUAAGCGAAGAUAACAUAUAUGAUGUCGUGGAUGAUGAUGGUUCCGGCCUGAUAGAGGAGCAGAUUUAUGACGAUCCUUGUGAUGAAGAGUUUACUGAAGACACGUUCUACGACGACACUGAAAUGGGAGCGGGAGCAUUUGGUGGAGGACCUCCUGGAUUACCACAAUGGAGCUCCGGGGAAACCCCUCCUCCCCUACCCCGAAGGCCAAAUACUUUGUUGUCACCACAGAGCUUCAAUGAGACUGACGAUAUCUACGAAACCGUAGAUUCUGGUCUUCCUCCACCGAUUCCCGCUCGACCUCGACCAGCGACAAACAAACAAACGAUAGGAGGAAAACCGAACGGAAGGGUGGCACUGCGUCCAGUGAAAAAACCCAAGUCAACCCCGAUCAAACCAUCUACCAAGACUACAGGCAAACCUAUGGAUGUUGGUAGAGAUGGAUCAAGGACUCAUUCGACGACUGGACAAAGCCUAGGAGAUGAACUAGCCCGGAAGGUAUCACAACGAAACAGAUCCAAUACACUACCUAGCGGGACAGGAUCACACCCACACACCUUCAACUCACAAGACUGUGGCAGAGGCAACACUUUAUCCAAGAAACCCAUGGAUUUGCCUAGCGAUAUUGGAAAAGUGCAACUUAGGAGCCCCGACAGGCAGAUGCCAAAGACAAGGCCGAGCAGCGAUACUGAGUACCCUGACGAACUUGCCAGAAAGCUUGCAAUGAGGAAGUCUUCUUGGAAGCAGCCUCAGGAUCAUGACCAUCAGCUUCCCAAACCCUUCCCGAAAAAGAAAGCUUUAGUUCCUCCUCCAACCCCCACAAAGCCUGGCAAAGCUCAACCCAGUGAUCAGGUGGACACCAAGAAACACAAGAGCCUACCACCAACACCCGCCAGAAAACCUGUCAAGCCACCACCCUCCGAGGAAUUAUAUGAGGAUACCGAAAUCGGGCCGCCACCUCUGAAGCCAAAACCGACAAACACAAAACGAAGCUCUGUUGUUGGUAGAGUACCGUUAGAUGUCCGGAUUACUCGUCAUGCUAAGCAGAGUCUGGCUGGAUCUGUUACCUUCACAGAUCAGUCGGAUUUUGUGGUGAUUGAGAGAACCGAUUUACCAGAUGACUUGCAUGUCGGAGAUCAAGUCUUACAGAUUGGCGACAUUGAUGUUCGCAACUCCUCUGCUGCGUUCGUAACAGAAUGCUGGAAGAGAGUCAGCGAAAACGAGGUCCGAGUAAGAAUUCUGCGAUAGUGAGGAAUGGUCAGCAUCGCAUCUCACAGGCAAUCAACAUCUCAAAGAUGAGGAUAGACCUAGAUGACCUGCUUUAAUUUCUUGCUCUACCACUCGAUUAUUUAUGCUGCAGUUGUAUUCUUUAUUUGUAUAUGUGUUCAUUUCCUUUGUUCCCAUUAACUUACAUAUCAAAUAUGCGCUUGUAUAAUUAUGGGCAACCAGUGUAUACAGUAUUUGUUAGUAUUACUCCACUAGGCUAAUAGUAAUAUGGGUUUUAAUACAUAACCAAAUCAACCAACACACUAGCUUCAGUUUUGAACAUAUGAUCUGCUGGUUCCAAGUCUUUGUCUCUUUAACCACUGAACCAACACGGAAUGUGCCCGUAUCCGCAUUGCAAAAUCCAGUAUUUUGUGUUAUGACUGACUCAAAUUACAUUAAUCAACUUUAGAAAAGAAAUUCAGAUGUUCAUCUUUUUGUCUACAAUACAAGUACUAACAUCAAAAUGUUUGGCAGUGGUUAGCAGGGUUCAAUAUUCUUAAAACCUUUAAAUAAUACGGAUUGAAGGCAUGCCAUUUUUACAAUUACGACUAUUCAGUCGAAACACGAUGAAUAUAAUUUAUGACUCUAUCAAAUAUCAGUUCUUCACAUGUCUAUAUAUGUAUCAAUAUUAUGUGGUAAAAUCUUUGAUGUAGUCAGCAUCAAAUACAAAGCAGAUAUCAAAGCAGAGUCUAAUCCUGCUCUUCAUGUAAUUUCUCUUUAUUUCGUUAAUAUGAAUUCAAGUGGUUAUAAAUUCCAGAAAUGGCUCAUUUAAUUAAUUAAAAUAUAUAACAAAUAUUCAUUUUCUUUUGCCAAAUCUUGCCAUACUACAAUAGUAUCAUGCUGUGUUAUCUCUAAGUUAUGCAAAAUAAGUUGUACGACUAUAGUUAUUUGUCAAAUCCUCACAUUUAAAACCGUUCCCAAUUGAUAAGAACCAUU